AUGGCUCGUAGGCAGAGUGAUUGCCUCACUAAGUAUUUAUUAAAUACUUACGCAACUCCAUUCCAAUGUGUUGCAGCUAGAGGUUGUGGCGCGAGAGGGCGCGGUGCUGAGGCCGUGGUGGCAGAGCUAGAGGCCGUGGAGGCCGGGGCCGAGAUUGUGGACUUCGGCGGAUUCGGGAGAGAGUGUGGUGCCGAGUGUGGCGACUGCGUCGGUGACCCAGUCGUUAUUGGCUCGUUUUCCGCCAGUGGUUCCACAGGGGCUCCGGGAGUACCUCCAGUGGCAGAGGUGCAGCAGAGGGCUGCGGGAUUUGUUCAGCCGCAGGCUGUGGGUUUGAUGGUGCCGUCCUAUUUGGAUAUGUUGGGGCACAUGCAGAGGAUUGGUACGCCGUACUUUGAGGGCGGAGUUAGCCCAGAGGCGGCAGAUGAGUGGCGUCAGAGAUUGGAGCGGAAUUUCCAGUCUAUCAGAUUUCUGGUUUAG